CAUAUUCCAUCGUCCAUGGAAUCUCCAACACGCCAUGUUCGAUUCGCUUCGCUUUUCCCCUCUUCAUCUUCUUCUUUUCCUUUGCGUGAUCAAUCAUUGACGAAGAGCGCUGCGGCCGCGUCGAUUUCCCCGGUGGCAAUGAGAAAGCUGGAGGAAGCUGCCUCGCCGUCGUCUUCCAGCGCGACUUUCUUCCUCUCCCAAGGCUCUGCUCUCGUCUCCGCCGUCCUUGCCUUUGCUAUCGCGCAAUCUGCCAAGAUCUUCACUACUUGGUAUAAUGAAAGACGUUGGGAUCCUAAGCGGAUUAUUGGAUCUGGUGGUAUGCCUUCAUCCCAUUCAGCAACAGUGGUUGCACUAGCAGUGGCCAUUGGAAUUCAUGAUGGCUGGGGCAGUUCUGCAUUUGCUACAGCGACAAUAUUAGCAGCUGUAGUAAUAUGUGAUGCUUCUGGUGUUCGACUACAUGCUGGAAAGCAGGCAGAGGUGUUAAAUCAGCUUCUAUAUGAACUUCCGGAAGGGCAUCCACUCUACGACUCAAGACCACUCCGCGAGCUUCUUGGUCACACUCCUCUUCAGGUCGCAGCGGGUGCUGUUUUGGGGUGUGUUGUAGCUGUAGUAGCUCAAUUAGUCCACAGAUUGGCUACAAGUGCAUGGCAAACAGAACUGAUAGACACGCUGGUUGCCAUCGAUUGACUUUGUGCGGUGUUUAAAUUUAAAGAAAUAUCGAUAUUGGGUAGUUAAGUUGUCCUCACCCAAAGAAAGAAAUUUAACGCCCACAUUUUGGUCUAUAGAUGCGUGAAACUGUGAAUGCUAGUGCUACUACCAUUUGACUUCAAUGUUUCCAUUCUUUCUGUAAUAUAUCAAGGUUUGUUGAAAGCAUUGGCUUUUUCUCCUC